UAGCGAGCAACUUGUACGGCGCUUUACUUAUUUUUUCGUUGGAAAUCAUCGCGAAACUCUCAGCUAAUAAUAAAACUCCCAGCGUUCGCUUGUAACAAAAAUCGAAUUUAACAAACUUUUAAACUCUCGUUGAAUCAUCGGUCAAUUCAACACGAAUUUACGCCUAAACAAUUCGCCGAAAACCACUUGUUAACGGUUGAUUUGCGUUUUUUUACAGCGGCUUAUUCGAAUUAAAACGUUCGUUAUGUGAGCGAUAUACUGUUGCAGUGAAACUUUAAAUGCGAAAAUAUAUAGUGAUGGUCCGGUUAACGGUUUGCGCCCUUUGGGGUGUCUUUUUGUUAUGCGUUUUUCGUCCUGCAGAAGGCUAUUCAUUUCAAGAAGAAUGGUACGCUGCUAAACUGCUGAGUGAGCCCAGCUUCGGUCAUCCGAUACAGAACGUGACCAUAGCAGUGGGACGAGAGGGCGUUCUAAUUUGUAACGUGAAGCAUUUAGGAAAAUACAAGGUCGCCUGGGUAAGGGCCGAGGAUCAGACCAUUCUCAGUCUCCACACGAGAGUGGUAACUCAUAACAAUCGCGUGAGCGUCACCCACGACGAUUCGGAAACGUGGAAACUGCGGAUCAGGCCGGUGAAGGAGUCGGACAGGGGAUGCUACAUGUGCCAGAUAAACACCCAGAUACUCAAAUCGCAGAAGGGCUGUCUGGACGUGUUCGUGCCUCCUGAUAUACUCAACGAAGACACCAGCGGCGAUAUGUCGGUGUCGGAGGGAGAGAACACCACCUUGGUGUGCAAAGCAGCUGGUCACCCGACACCCCGGAUUGUUUGGAGAAGGGAAGACGGGCAUCCCAUCAUGGUGAGAAGGAACUUACGGGAAUACAACAAAGUUGAGACUUACAACGGCUCGAGCCUGCAUUUUUGGAGACUGGACCGUCGACAAAUGGGAGCUUAUUUGUGCAUCGCCAGCAACGACAUCCCUCCGGCAGUCAGCAAAAGGAUUUCAUUAAGCGUCAACUUUGCUCCUGUUAUAAAAGUUCCUAAUCAACUGCUGGGAGCACCUGUGGCUACAGACGUACAACUGGAGUGCUACGUUGAGGCCUACCCCAAUACAGUCAAUUAUUGGAUUAAAAAUAGAGGAGAAAUGUUGCUUAAUGGGACGAAGUAUUGGAUCAAGGAGGAAAGGAGCGGGUACAAAGUGUACAUGUGGUUGGUGAUAAGAUCCUUCUCCUCCUCCGACAGCGGCACCUACAAUUGCGUAUCGACGAAUUCGUUAGGAAAAGCAGAGGGCACUUUAAGAUUAUACGGUGAGAAAUAUCCGUUGGGAAACUUUCGAUUCAAUCACGACGAACGGAAAUAAACAUCCUCGCCAUACAAUUUAUUUACAUUACCUCUAACACACAUACAAAUUUCGACAUGACCACCCAUUCAUAUGUACAGCGAAUCUCGCAAUUACUCUUCUACCGAAUAAAUCGAAUUUUCCAACGCGAACUCCAAGUUGCCCAGCAUAUUUUUCACAGUUUUGUUGCCUACGUCUUUGCACACGUGGAUGUUCCGUAUGAAUUCUUUUUUGUUCAUAGCAGGACAAAGCUGUUGCCUCGAGUCCGUAUGCACGUUGAACUCCUUCAUCAAAUAAGAGGAUUUCAGUAUGCCGCUUUGUAAAUUUGUGUCGUCGAAAAUGUGUUCUUCAUUGCCAUCGUUAGAGUUAUCAUCGUUGUCGUUCUCAUCAUAAUUGAUGUCAGUAUUGUUGUCAUUACGGCAAUCCCCGUUACCAGCAUUUUCAAAGUGUUCGGAUUUGUUGGGACUGGAAUUUUUCGUUAUGCGAGCUUGAAGCUCCUCGAUUUUUGCCAAAAAUUCCGCUUCUUCAUCUUCGUUAUCGGAAGCUUGAAUGCCCAUUUCAUUGCUUAUAGUACUUGUUUGGUUCGACACGUCUUCUUGGAAGCUAUCCAGUACCAUUUGGUUGGUCUGCUUUUUGGGACUAGAGGGAGGAUUGGUCAUUUCUGUACAAGAGUUUACCCAACUGUAUGCUUUAAUUUGAUCGACUUCGAAACGAACUUUCUGUUGUACUUUGGGACUGUUCGUAUUACCUUGGAAUUCGAACUUGGUUGUUUCUUCGUCCAAUUUCAUAGCAUCAUCGAAUUUCUUGUAUAAGCUCUCCAACGUGCAUCUUUCCUUAACACUUUUGUAAUACGACGGUGACAGAUUUUGCACAUCUUUGUUCAACUCUUUCAGUUUUCUUCGCAUUGUGGACAAACUGGACGAUCUCUGAUUGUCGCAAUAGGAGUGACAGCUUCUCAGUUUGGGUCGCGGAGACGCACUCGUUUGAACUUCUACUUGCUUCCGCUUCAUAUCAAUCAUUUCCUUGAUAUGCUUCAGUUGCUCGUCGGCCACGUCCAAUUCUCUGUUGGUUCUAUCCAAAACUGUUGACGCGGUGUGAUGUAUGUUUAUCUUAGAAUCCUUCGAUAAGUUGUGUUGCAAGGAAGAGAGUUUUCUGAUUAAUUCGUAUGGUUUUGGAGGCUUGGGACUCUUGGGAAUCGGAGCUUUAGCGAUCUUCUUCAGUUUAUUAGGCUCUGCCUUCGGUUCUCCUCCCAUUAUGGGCAUCUCCAGUUGGAUGGUGUUGACGUUGAUGCGCGGCCGUUCUUGGUACGUCUUUUUGCCGGAUAACGGUUUCGUUCCAUGAUUUUUACUGAACAGAUGCCCGUAGAUUCUUUGGAAUUCUCGAAUGUCGAUCGACGAGUUUUUCGGUAUUUCCUUCGGCGGUACAGCGUACACCGUGAGAGGGCUAACGAUAGGUUCCUCUGUUUUGUAAAAGACAGUUCGGCUCAUUGUAUUUUUAAAAAAUGUGCUUUACUGUCAUUUUGACAUAAGUUAUUGAUUUUGAAAUAACUACUUUUACUAAUAACUAGCUUGUAUAGUGCAUAAUACUAUGUAUAAUGGCUUAUUGGAAUAAAAGAUAAGCUCUUACAUCUUCUGUGUAAUAACUUCUGUAUAUAAUUUUAAUAAAUUUACGAAUUUCAGAAAUAAAAGUCGGACCGGAUCAUCACAACAAUAACGUAAUCGUAGGUGGGUUAGCAGAGCCUGCGAGAGGCCAUCGAUCCAGUACGUUAAAUUCGGCGGCUUUUGUCAGCCCCUGCCUCAUAGCGGUGACAUCCACAUUAGCGGAAUUAUGGUGGAGGUGACAGAGCUAAAUGGAUUUUUCGAAAAUUUCGUAUUAACUCCGGAAAUUCUUUUUUGCUGUAUAAAAAUUGUGAGAAGAGACGUAAUAUUAAGGUUUUUAAAUUAGUGGUAGGUGCCGAGUUUCCUACUGUCAAUUAAGAUUAAUAUCCGUAUUUUUAAAUUAAAAUGUAAUUAAUACCUAAUUGAAGAAGUUAUUUGUAAAUAUUCCCAUAACUUUGAAUCAUUGUUUGUGAAUAUGUACUUCAUGCUUUCAUGACAACGUGUACAUAUCAGCUUUCAACUCUAUAGAUAGCAAAAAUGAGUCUGAUAAAAUUAGAUUUUUUAACAACGUUUUAAUACCGAUCUACUGUAUUUGAAUUGAAGCUCAUUGUAUAAAAUCUUUGUUAUUUAUUAAAAACUAUUAUUUCGAAAUGACCUGGCCUAACUCUCUCAUUUUUAUCAUCGAAUAUAAAAAGUAUUUCCCAAAUUCUAUUGCAGUACAAUUAUAGAAGACUAUAUUAGUUUCCCCACGACUGGCUAUAUCAGGAUAAUCAAUUCAUAAUUAUUUUUAUUAAGAUAAUAAAAUUAAUAUUCAAUAAAGUUGUGGUCAAAAAUUAUUUAUAACAUUAGGUACUACUGGAAAUUUAACUGUAAGUGUGUAUUUUUUUUGUAAAAAAAACCUUUUCAAAUUCUAGAUUUUGAAAG